CACUCAGUGUGUUCACAUCAUGUAGACAACAGUGGAAGCAUGGCUGCGCUGCAGAGAAAUUCAUCUGGAGAAUUGAAACGGGAUUAAAGAGGAAUGCUGAUCAAUUAGAGAGGAUGUAAAUGCUCAUCAGAACCUCCAUCAUGGACUUUCUCAGACUGCUAAAGACCUAUGGAAAGGAGAGGAGUCAAGGGAACCAGUGUCCAUGCAGCCUGGAGAAGGUGACUCCUUUGUGGACUGGGACAAGUUCAGAAGUGCUGGGAUAAAUCGGGUUCUCUGCAUUAGACUGAAGAGCUGCUUUGAAUGGGACUUUCAUACCGGAGACCAGAGAGGAACAGGAAUCGCUCUACUCAGAAUUUACUGGAGCUUGUUCCUCUUCCUAACCAGAACCUUCCAGCCUGGAUCCACGUGAGAAGGUCAGAUGGCCACACUUUGGGUUUCCCAAUCUUCUCAAUCAGUUCAGAUUAAAUGAGCUUAGCUGCUGCUUAACAAACUGGCAGAGAUGACCCAAAACUUCAGCUCCAGAAUCGAUACCCCGACCAACAUCUCCCUGAGCUCCACCGUCGCUGUCUCCGACUCACUGGAGUAUAAGACCAUUUCUGUUUUCCUGGUCCUGUUGGUGUGCUGUGUGGGCAUUGUGGGGAACAUCAUGGUGGUCCUUGUGGUGUUCACGACCCGCCACAUGAGGACGCCCACCAACUGCUACCUGGUGAGCCUGGCCAUAGCUGACCUAACGGUGCUGGUGGCAGCAGGGCUCCCCAACGUGUCUGACAGCCUGACAGGGACCUGGAUUUAUGGAAAUGCCGGCUGCCUGGGGAUCACCUACCUUCAAUACCUGGGAAUCAACGUGUCGUCAUGCUCCAUCACUGCGUUCACUGUGGAGAGGUACAUCGCGAUCUGCCACCCCAUCAAAGCUCAGACGGUUUGCACGGUGUCACGGGCUAAGCGGAUCAUAGCAGGGGUCUGGAUCUUCACCUGCAUCUACUGCAUGCUGUGGUUCUUUCUGGUGGACAUUCAGGUGGGACACGACGGACACGUGCAGUGUGGCUACAGAGUGAAGAGGGAGCUCUACCUCCCCAUCUACCUCAUCGACUUCACCAUCUUCUACGUCACCCCGCUGCUCCUCGCCAUCGUGCUGUAUGGCCUGAUAGCGCGGGUGCUCUACCUCAGCUCUCUGCCGAACUACAGUGAAGCCAGCGCCACCACGCUUCGAAGGAGCUGCAGGGACACGUCAGAGGCAGCACGGACAGGACGUCAGGGGCGGCCCAAGACGGCUGUCUCCUCCAGGAAGCAGGUGACCAAGAUGCUUGCUGUGGUGGUGAUCCUUUUUGCUCUGCUCUGGAUGCCCUACCGGACCUUGGUUCUGAUCAACUCCUUUGUGCCAACACCCUACCUGGAUUCCUGGUUCCUCUUGUUCUGUCGGACCUGCAUCUAUGCCAACAGCGCCAUAAACCCUGUGAUUUACAAUGCCAUGUCUCAGAAGUUUCGCUCUGCAUUUCGAGGUCUUUACAGCUGCCAGCGACUUGAGGGAACUCAGCGGACACUGUCGACCGCCCAGACUGGCUUUGGAACCAUCCGAGAUCCUCGACACGUCCAACAAAACAGCAGCCAUGCCAAUGAAAAUGAGGAGAAGGCUGACCUGGAGACUUCAUCUGACUUGAAAGGAAAGCGUAAUAGCAGUGAGCAUCAGGAGAGAGCGUCAGUGAAUGGGAUGACGGCUGAUCAUCGAGCCCAGGUUGGCCCUGACGGCCCCGGGUUCAGAAGGAGUCCUGAGGAGACGCGGUUGGACGGAGAGCUGGACUUAGACCAUCCACCAACCGAUACAUGUGCAGAAAGAAGUAACAAUGUGUAGGAAUUAUUCAUCCUUCCAUAUUUUCAUACUGUGCCAUAUUUACGCAUCCAUUUUCAACCACAUGAGUUUAAGAAAUCCUUUCCAGUUGGUAUACUUGUAUAUUUUGUUAGAAGUAGAGAGAAAAGCUUUACUUUAAUAGAAUAAUUUUUGGAAGAAAAACAUCUUUACCCUUCACUAGUAAAUGUAAAAAAAAUUAAAUAUCAAUCAAUGAUAUUAAUACUGUACUCUAUAUUCCAGAGGAACAGGAACAUAAAGAUCAGGAUCAGUGAUCAGUCACAGGUAGCCGUUCUGUUAACCGCUGUGUUAGCUCAUCUGUUAGCGGCUAAUAGAGGACUGAUUGUUCGUCAUUUCAAAACUGCUAUAUUUCUCCAAACUGUAAUGGAAACACUAAGCUGGACCUUACUGCCUUUCAAAAAGAUGACGAGAAAAAUCAGAAGCAGUCAGAGGAAGAUAGCGCCCCCUAGAGACAUUGGUAAAAUA